CGCUUUGAAUUAUGGAACGACCCUAAGAGCGCGUUGGAGGCGCGCGUCGCCGCCGCGCGCGCGGCGUCGAACCGAGGCGCGCUGCCGUCCGCGUCCAUGCGCGUCAAGGAGGACGCCGUCAAGGCCGCGCAGCUGCUGCACGAUCCGUCGAAGACGCACGAGCUGUACGCGAACGAGCGCGUGUACGUCCCGGUGAAAUCCACCGUCGUGUUGGACCCGCCUCCGAGGCGAACGGGAGACCGCGCGUUCGCGGAGGGCCACGGCAGCGAUCAGCCCGCGGGAAAGGUGGCGCGGCGGCGGCUGCGCGCGCGAUUGAAAGGCGGCGACGGCGCGUCUUUUUCCGCCGGAUUCGAAACCGGAUACGACCACGGCAAAGAUUCGAAGAGCCAAGCCGACGCGGUCGCGAGCACGGCGAGCACGGCGAACAAGAUCGGCAGAUCGCACGCGGACGCCGGCGGCGGUAAAGGCGACGCCGGCGGCGACGGCGCGUGCGUCACCGAGCGCGUGGAAGCGAUCGUCGUCGCCGCGUGCCGGUUUCAAAACUCAGAGUUGGCCGAUUACGCGCACCGAGGCGCGGUGACGGGGAGGAGCUCCAUCGCGUGCCUGGAUGAAAAAUUCCGCGGAAUCAACACGACGCGGUGGUCCAGCGAUUGCGUGUUGAUACACGCGCGGUGCGACGACGACGACGGCGACGGCGUGUACGGAGAAGACGGCGAGGGCGCGUUCGAGUCGGUGGAGACGCGUCGCGUCGCGCGCGCGAUCGUCGACGUGUGUUUGGACCUGCACCGCUUCUCGCUCGAGAGCGGCGGCGGCGGGCUCGCGGUCGGCGUCGGGAUCGGCUCGGGCUUCCUCGACCUCCGCGCCGGGAAACUCGCCGGCGUCGAGUCCGUCGCGAGAGACGCCGCGGCGCGUCUGUGCGACCUCGCGAACGACGACGGCGGCGGCGUGCGCGUCGACGCGGCGAUGUAUCCGCUCGUUCGUCGGUCGCACCUCGCGCGCGUGCCCGUGGGCGUGCGUCCGGGCGGCGGCGCGGACGCGAAGCGCGUCGCCGCGUUCGCGGGGUACGAGAUCAGCGGUCGCCGCGCGCGCGAGGACGACGACGAGUUCGGCGGCGGCGGCGUCGCGGAGGGCGAGGCCGCGGAGGGCGGGGUCGUGAGGGACAGGGAGAAGCCGACGUCUGGCGCGCCGGCGGCGGUGCCGGCGUUCCGAGGGCCGCUUCGAAGGCGCGAGGAGUAUCGCCCGGGGGUCGUCGCGGCGGAGGGCGUGAGCGCGCCGAGGAGCAUUGCUGAGAUGCGCGAGGUGCGCGCGGGGUUCUUGCGGCGGUUCGACGCGUGCGACAGCGGCGCGCGGCGGGUGAAGACGGUCGCGGCGCGCCGCGAGGCGUCGGCGUCGAAAAAAAUCCAAAUCGCGGCGGCGAACUCGAGGUCUACCUCGAGGGCGAACUCGAAGGCGACCGAGGGAGGCGACAGCGCUGCGAUGCGCGUGCUGACGGAGUUCCUCUCGACGCAGCGCCUUGGGACGGAGAGCGGCGACGGCGGCGCGUCGAAGGCGGUGUUCGAUCGAGUGAUAGCGUCCGCCUGCUAG